AUGGACAUCAGCGGCCUCGCCCACGCCAUCUCCGGCGCCGCCGGCAUGAGCCCAAACAGCCUCGUCGGCCUCCUCAGCCUCGGCGCCAUGGCCACCAACCGCGUCCCCGGCCUCGAAGUGAUCCGCGACUACUUCCACAGCCUCAACCUCGACUUCGGCACCCUCACCACCUGGUUCAUGCUCGCCACCGCGCUCUGGACCGGCUCCAUGUUCCUCUGGAACUAUGUCUGGGCGCUUAUCGAGAAGCACUACACCUGCAGCAUGCGUCUGGUGAACCAGUACGGCAGCUUCAACAACGACUUCCACACCUGGCUGUGCGAGACGCAGGGCGACCAGCUCCACGGCACGAGCAGCUACGACGUGGAGCUGCACUCCCGGAGGACUGCCCUGCCCGCAGAGGCCAAGGUGCAGAUAUACUACCAGAUCACCGCCAACGCCGAGUACUCCUUCCGCCACAACGGGCACCUCAUCAGGGUCACAAAAUCCAUAGUCCGCCAAUACGAGGACAACGAGCAGCAGGUCACCACGCUGCGGACCUACGGCCGCGGCAACAAAGUGCUAAAGGCCCUCCUCCAGGAAGUCUUCGAACACACGCGCACCGUGCAGAAGGAGAUGACCAGCGUCUUUGGCCCACACCGCAUCGACGACGCCGGCCGCGACGUGCACUGGCGCCGCAUAAUCUUCCGCCCCAAGCGCCCCAUCGCGAGCGUGGUGCUCGAGGACGACCAGCGCGACAAGCUCGUGGCCGACAUCGCGGAGUACCUCCUCCCGCAGACAAUCACAUGGUAUGCAAACCGCGGGCUGCCAUACCGCCGCGGGUACCUCCUAUACGGGCCGCCGGGCACAGGGAAAACUAGUCUUAGCAUGGCGCUGGCUGCGCACUUUGGUCUCGGCGUGUAUGUGCUCUCGCUCACGCAGCGCGGGCUCGACGACGAGAGCCUGGCCGCGUACUUUGCGCAGCUGCCGACGUACUGUAUUGUCCUGCUUGAGGACGUUGAUGCAUCUGGUGUACGGCGGGCAAACGACUCUAUCGCCGCCCCUGCAUCUCCCCCUACCACUGUCUCCAAGACCACCUCCCCGAAAGACAAGGACCCACCCAUCGCCGGCCCUCCGCUUCCAACCGAGAUGCAUAAAACAAAAGUAACCUUCUCCGGCCUCAUCAACGCCAUCGACGGCGCCAGCGCCAGCGAAGGCCGCAUCCUCAUCAUGACCACCAACCACCGCGAGCACCUCGACGAGGCGCUGAUCCGGCCGGGACGGGUCGACCUACAGAUCGCCUUCUCGUAUGCCUCGCGACCCGUCAUUGCCCGCAUCUUCGAGAACCUGUAUGAUGUCAGCAGCGAGGAUCUCGCACUGCGGGAUUACAUCCCCGAGGACUUUCCCGGGAAGGAGGAGAUUGGGAAGAUGGCGGCGAGGUUUGCGGACAUGGUGCCGGAGGGGCGGUUUACGCCCGCUGAGGUGCAGGGGCUGUUGUUGUGCUACAAGAAGGAUCCGAGGAGGGCGGUGGAGGUGGCGCCGGCGUGGGUGGAGAGGAGGUUGGCGGUGAAGGAGGAGAAUGAGAGGAGGGCGAAGGUGGCGAGGGCGGGGGUGGAGUCUUCGUGA